UUUUUAUUAAGUCGUCGAUUUCCUAUUUAGUAAGGCUACAGCUAAUAAUGGCGGUCGAAAAAUUAAGAACGACUCUUUCACAACCAACUGCGCCAAAAAAGUCCAGAUUAGAAAUGAAUGUGCGACUACUUUUAAACAGAUGUGAGCUUAUUGCAAAGCAGGAGGCUGUUGAAGGCAACUGGAGGCUUAAGAAAUACGUUGAUUCACUGGAUGAGAUGUUGACCGAACUUAGGACAGGGCCAGAAAAGCCUUCUAAAGAUAUCCUCAUAGAGUACACAAAAAGAGCUGGUUUCUUGAAAGGUUUAAUACAAACAGCUACAUUGAAUAGUCCAACUGAAAAGUUGGAAGCAGUUCAGUUGCUAUCUCAUGGUGCCGCCACACUAUGCACUGACGAGGCGGCCCAGGAAAUACACCAGAAGACAGUUGCCAAGUAUGGCAACGAGUUGAGGUCUGAGCUUUUUGACAAUGAUGACACUCUCCGUAAACGUAACAUCAUUAAAGCCCCCAACUUCACAAGCACAAGUAGCAGUCAGGAAGACAUGGACUCGCUGCUCAAAUACCACCAGAAUAUGCAGGAGAAGGUUGCCGAGAACAUGGUGCUGCUGACCAAGAGUCUAAAGGAGCAAUCGCAGAUCGCCAGCACUAUUAUAAAGAAUGAUACUGAGGCAUUGAAGAAAUCAUCAGAAAUGACGGACCGCAACGUGGACUCUUUGAAAGUGGAGUCAGAAAGACUGCAGGAACACAGCAGGAACGCUUGGAAGUGUUGGCUUUGGAUCAUGCUCGCUAUAGUCACCUGCAUAUUUAUUAAUAUGGUCUUAUUCAUGAAAGUUAUGAAGAAACGAAGAGUAGAACUGUAAAUAAAUGUAUGUAAGUAAAUCAACUCAACUUUAUAUGUGUUAUUUAUAUUAUCGUUUUUAAAUUAUAUGUGACUAUUUAUUAUAAACUAAGACAUGACUUGUAAAUAUAUUGAUAAUAAAUGUUAUUUUAGACGU